AUGGCUGCCCGGUCAUGACAACACAGGCGGGAACGUGACCCUUCCUGGUCGCUUGCAGCCUAUAGGACAUUGUGAAUGAAGAUUCUGGAGAGCGGCGGGUACCGUACAAACACCGGAGGGGGAGAAGAAUUGAGUGCGCGGUGCGGCCGGAAUGAACCACAAGAGUAAGAAACGAAUCAAGGAGGCGAAGCGCAGUGCCAGGCCCGAGCUGAAAGAUUCCCAGGACUGGUGCCGACAUAACUACUGCGAGCAAUACCGACUGAGCCAUAGCAGCGUGCUGGAUAAUGUCGAACGAGUGGAUGCUGCAAACCUUACUUUAGAGGAGUUCAUUGAGCGCUUUGAAAAACCAUACAAACCAGUUGUAAUUCAGAAUGCCCAAAGUGGAUGGCCAGCCCAUGAAAAGUGGACAAUAGAACGGCUUAAGCGCAAGUACCGCAACCAGAAGUUCAAGUGUGGCGAAGACAAUGAUGGCUACUCUGUUAAAAUGAAGAUGAAAUACUACAUAGACUACAUGGAGGGGACGCGGGAUGAUAGCCCUUUAUACAUUUUUGACAGUAGUUAUGGAGAGCACCCGAAGAGGAAGAAGCUGCUUGAAGAUUAUGAUGUGCCCAAGUACUUUCGUGAUGAUCUUUUCCAGUUUGCUGGUGAGAAACGCAGGCCACCCUACAGGUGGUUUGUGAUGGGUCCCCCACGCUCGGGAACUGGUAUUCACAUCGAUCCACUAGGCACUAGUGCGUGGAACUCCUUGGUACACGGACACAAACGCUGGUGUCUUUUUCCCACCAAUACCCCACGUGAGUUGAUCAAAGUGACACGGGAGGAGGGUGGUAACCAGCAGGAUGAGGCCAUCACAUGGUUUAAUGUUAUCUACCCACGCUCUUUGCUUCCAACAUGGCCUGCUGAAUUCAAGCCCCUGGAGAUUUUACAGAAGCCAGGAGAGACUGUGUUUGUUCCAGGUGGUUGGUGGCAUGUUGUAUUGAACCUGGACACCGCCAUUGCCGUUACUCAAAAUUUUGCCAGCUGUACCAACUUUCCUGUUGUUUGGCACAAAACUGUAAGAGGGAGACCAAAGCUUUCAAGAAAAUGGUACAGGAUUCUGAAACAGGAACACCCUGAACUAGCUGCCCUGGCAGAUGCGGUAGAUCUACAGGAAUCAACUGGCAUUGCGUCUGAUUCGUCCAGUGAUUCUUCUAGCUCUUCAUCAUCCAGUUCUUCAGAAUCUGGCUCAGAGGAUGACUCUAGCUCUGGAGCAGAAGCAAUGUCUCACCGCAAGAAGAAGAGAAGAACGUGCAGUGGGAUGGGAAAUGGAGACAGCUCCACCCAGGAUGACUGCGUGAGCAAAGAGCGUAGCUCUUCCAGGUGACACUAUAGUCACAGCCAGACCAGCGUUGACCUAGAGUUGGUACUCUGUGUCCAUUAAUGCCAUCCCUAGCCCUCUGUUGCAGUACACCCACAGAGUCAGUGGCAAGGUUUUAUAUAACCGUUCUCACACACAAAGACUUAAAAAAAAAAUAAAUAAAAAAAAAGCAAAUAUUUUCAGUUCCUACCCUUUCCAUGCCAUGGGUGUGAAAAAUCAUCUGGCUUUUAAAUUAAUUUCAGAUAGUCCUUCCAAUGAUAAUGCUAUGGGUUUGAGAUUCUUAAAUCAUCAGAAGAGCUUCCACAAAGAUUAGGCCCGAAAGGUUUAAUUUAGAGAAAUUAAAUGGUUAUGGAGAAGGCCAUCCCAGGUCCUUGA